AUGGGGGUUGAAAAGAAAACAGAGAAGAUGAACCCGAGCCUCCACUUGGUCCUGUUGGUCCUGGACCUGUUGGCUCUGUCCGCCGCCCUCUCCACCUGCAGCACUCUGGACAUGGACGAUUUUAGGAAGAAGCGCAUAAAGGCCAUUGGCGGUCAGAUCCUGAGCAAACUGAAGCUGAGCCAACCCCCGGAGGAGUACCCUGAGCCCGAUGAAGUGUCCAGAGACGUGGUGGCCAUUUACAAUAGCACCCGCGACCUGCUCCUGGAGAAAGCCAACGAGCGAGCGGCCACUUGCGAGAGGCAGCGCAGCGAGGAGGAGUACUACGCCAAGGAAGUGCACAAGAUUGACAUGCAGCCCUUCUACCCCGCCGAGAACGUGAUCUCUCCAACCUUCUUAAACCCGUACUACCGGCGGCUCUCCUUUGACGUGUCCUCCAUGGAGAAAAACGCCUCCAAUCUCGUCAAAGCAGAACUCCGGAUAUUCAGACUGCAGAACCCUGUAGCCCGGGUUGCCGAGCAACGCAUAGAACUCUACCAGAUCCUGUCGCACAAGGCCCUGGCGUCUCCCACUCAGAGGUACAUUGACAGCAGAGUGGUGCGCACACAGACCGAGGGCGAGUGGCUUUCCUUUGAUGUGACCGAGGUGGUCAGCGAGUGGCUCAAUCACAGAGACAGGAACAGUGGCUUCAAGCUCAGCCUGCACUGCCCCUGCUGCACCUUUGUUCCCUCCAACAACCUCAUCAUCCCUAACAAGAGCGAGGAGCUGGAGGCACAGUUCGCAGGUAUUGACGACAGCUUUGGAGGAGACCUGAAAGUGUUUAAGAAGCGCAGACACAGCACUCGGUCUCCUCACCUGCUGCUGAUGCUGCUGCCCUCCUACAGACUGGAGUCUCAGUCACAGCAUAAGCCCUACAGGGCCAAGCGCGCUCUGGACGCGGCAUACUGCUCCAGGAACGUCCAGGACAACUGCUGCCUGCGCUCUCUCUACAUUGACUUUAAGAAGGACCUGGGCUGGAGGUGGAUCCAUGAGCCCAAAGGCUACGAGGCCAACUUCUGUGCUGGAGCCUGUCCAUAUCUGUGGAGCGCAGACACGCAGCACAGUAAAGUGUUAGGUUUGUACAACACCAUAAACCCGGAGGCCUCUGCAUCUCCCUGCUGCGUGUCCCAGGACCUGGAGCCUCUCACCAUCCUCUACUACAUCGGGAAAACUCCCAAGAUCGAACAGUUGUCAAACAUGAAAGUCAAGUCCUGCAAGUGCAGCUAG